AUGGCGUGGGCCAAUACUGGAAUGCAAGCGCUUAUCCCGGUGAUCAAUCGAGUUCAGGAUGCUGUUACGCAACUCGGGACCCCUGUUAACUUCGAGCUUCCACAAAUCGCCGUCGUUGGUGGGCAAAGUGCGGGAAAAUCAUCAGUACUCGAGAACUUCGUUGGAAAGGACUUCUUGCCUCGUGGCGCAGGAAUUGUAACACGACGACCGCUAAUUCUACAACUGAUGCAAGAUCGAAAUGAAUACGCUGAAUUCUUGCACAAGAAAGGACAACAAUUCCUCGACUUUGAAGCAGUACGCCAAGAAAUUGAAGAUGAGACGGAUCGAGUAACUGGACAGAACAAGGGAAUUUCUCCUCAUCCAAUCAAUCUUCGUGUUCACUCUCCGAAUGUCCUCAAUUUGACGCUCAUCGAUUUGCCAGGAUUAACAAAGGUUCCCGUUGGAGACCAGCCAGCCGACAUUGAACAGCAAAUAAGGGACAUGAUCUUGACGUACAUUGCUCGAGAGUCCUGCUUGAUCUUGGCCGUCACUCCAGCAAACAGCGAUCUCGCAACGUCGGAUGCCUUGAAACUUGCAAAAGAAGUCGAUCCACAAGGACUUCGAACAAUUGGAGUGUUGACAAAGCUGGACUUGAUGGACGAGGGAACAGACGCUCGCGAGAUUUUGGAAAAUCGCCUGUUCCCCCUUCGAAGAGGGUAUGUUGGCGUGGUGAAUCGAGGUCAGAAAGAUAUCACUGGCAAGAAGGAUAUUCGUUCUGCUUUGGAAGCCGAGCGGAAGUUCUUCAUUUCUCAUCCAUCUUACAGGCACAUGUCGGAUCGAUUGGGCACGAGCUACUUGCAAUUCACUCUCAAUCAACAGUUGACCAAUCACAUUCGGGAUACGCUGCCUUCACUACGGGACUCAUUGCAGAAGAAUCUCUUUGCAAUGGAGAAGGAUGUCGCCGAGUACAAGAACUUCCAACCGAACGAUCCAUCCCGAAAGACGAAAGCCCUGAUGCAAAUGGUUCAACAGUUCACUCGCGACAUUGAGCGCUCAAUUGAUGGGUCUUCGGCCAACAUGGUGUCGACAAACGAGCUAAGUGGUGGUGCCCGCAUCAACCGGAUCUUCCACGAGCGCUUCCCAUUCGAGAUUGUCAAGAUGGAGAUCGAUGAAAAGGAGAUGCGUCGAGAGAUACAAUUUGCCAUCCGAAAUAUUCAUGGUGUCCAGGUUGGACUCUUCACUCCAGACAAGGCCUUCAAGUUCAUCGCAAAGAAGCAAAUCGGACGACUUCGGGAGCCAGCACAGAAAUGCGUGGAUCUGGUGGUUAAUGAGCUAGCGAAUGUUGUUCGUCAAACUGCCGAAGCGUUGUCUCGUUAUCCCCGGCUUCGUGAUGAGAUUGAGCGAAUUGUCGUCACACACAUGCGCGAGAAUGAGCAAUACGCCAAGCAACAAAUUGGCUUCAUGGUCGACUGCGAGCUCGCCUACAUGAAUACGAAUCACGAGGAUUUUGUUGGUUUCAGCAAUGCCGAAGCAAAAGCGUCUUCAUCAGUGGCCAAGAAGAAUCUGGGAAAUCAAGUGAUUCGCAAAGGAUGGCUCUCCGUACACAACAUUUCAUUUGUGCGCGGCUCAAAGGACUGUUGGUUUGUGCUCACAUCGGAAAGCCUCUCCUGGUUUAAGGACGACGAAGAAAAGGAAAAGAAGUACAUGAUGCCUUUGGAUGGAAUCAGGUUGCGCGACCUCGAGAGCGGUUUUAUGUCUCGACAGCACAAAUUCGCCCUCUUCUAUCCGGACGGAAAGAACAUCUACAAGGACUACAAGCAACUUGAGCUCGGGUGUGCCAACCUUGAUGAGGUUGACGCGUGGAAAGCCUCGUUUCUUCGAGCGGGAGUGUAUCCAGAAAAGCAAAAGGCACCUGAAGAGGCUGACCAACAAGAUGAGGUUUCCUCUAUGGAUCCUCAAGUGGAAAGACAGGUUGAAACAAUUCGCAAUUUGGUUGAUUCGUACAUGCUGAUUGUGACGAAAACAAUUCGAGAUCUUGUGCCCAAAUGUAUCAUGCUGCUUAUAGUCAAUCAAGUUGGAGAAUUCUUGGAAAAAGAGUUGCUGGCGCAUCUCUACCAAUGCGGCGACAACGACGCGUUGAUGGAAGAGUCGCAGGCGGAAGCGCAGAAACGCGAUGAGAUGCUACGGAUGUACCAUGCCAUCAAGGAAGCUCUACGAAUCAUCAAUGAGGUAAACAUGAGCAACCUGGACGUCUCUUCAAUGGCAAACGCUCUUCCUACUCCACCGAACGACUAUCGAAACGGACCAAGCCCACCAUUUGGAAGGCCUGGCGGACCGCCAGCCCCCGGAGGUCAGGGCGGAAGACAAGCACCAAUGCCACCACGACCAGGAAGCGGCCCCGGCGGUCCACCACCAGUAAUGAGAGGACCACCAAUGCCCGGAGCACCAGCAGUCCCACAGCGGCGACCUGGCGCACCUGGUGGUCCUCCACCACCUGGCGCACCCGGUGGUCCUCCACCACCUGGUGGCCUAGGUGGCGUUCCUCCUCCACUAAGGCCACAGAAGCGUGGACCGACGCCGACAAAUGGCGUGCCUCUAAUUCCAAAGCGCCCAACCAUUCCACCACGUCCUGCU